CUUUUCUAUCUCGUCUCUCUCUCCCUCUCUCUCAACAGCCGAUUAGCCGGCCUUUCUUAAAUUAAUUCAAUUUCCAUUCUUCUUCUGCUCCUUAUAAUUCAAUCUCAAAUCUCACUUUGGGAUUGAAAUUUUCCUUUUUUUUUUUUUUAAGGAAUUUAAUCAAUUGGAUACUAAUUAAAUCACCUGAUCUUGAGGUGGAAAUAAUAAAGUUAUUUCCUUGUUAAAUUUUUAUGAGGUGGGUUUGAUCUCGAUUUGCAGUUUGGUUUGGAGGAAAAUUGAUAGAGAUUCAAUUUUUCUUUAUUGGGUUAUCUUUAUUUUUGGAUUUAAAAUUCUGGGUUUGAUUUGAAAUGGUCUAUUUCCAUAGCUCAAUCUCAGUCUGCAACUCGGUUGACCAGGCUUCUUCAGCUACAAACAUGGCAAAUUCUGUGAAUUCAAAUGAUUUUGUGAUGAACUUCAAAUCACCAUCAUCAUCAUCAUCAUCAAGGAACAACUUUUACAAGAAACAAAAGGUAUUCAAUUCACCAAGUUGCUUAAAAAUUCCAUCUUGUGAAAGAUCAAGAUCUGCUGCAAUUGAUGUUCUCAUCUUAAUUGCUGUAAUUGCUGCUUGUGGAUUCUUGUUGUUCCCAACUAUAAAGUGUAUAUCUUUGAAAUUGAUUGAAUUCACUGGAGCUGCCAUUUAUUUGGUUAAAGAGGAAAUUAUGACAGCUCCAAUGAUAUAUGGAUCUAUAGCACUUGGUUUUUUUGGUGCUGCAAUAGCUGCUUGGAUUUUGCUUCUGUGUGCAACUAGGAAAUGCGGGAAUCCUAACUGUAAAGGGCUUAGGAAGGCAGCUGAGUUUGAUAUUCAGUUGGAAACUGAGGAGUGUGUCAAGAACUCCAGCACUUUGGUUAAAUAUGGUGUUAAAAAAGGACUUUUUGAAUUGCCACGGGAUCAUCAUAAGGAAUUGGAGGCUGAGCUAAAGAAGAUGGCGCCAGUCAACGGAAGAGCAGUGCUUGUGUUUCGAGCUAGGUGUGGAUGUUCUGUUGGCAGAAUGGAGGUUCCAGGACCCAAGAAGCAAAGAAAGAUCAAGAAAUAGGAUUUUGGGAUAUGAUAGAGAGAGGAAUUACAGCAAUACAGAAAGUAGUCAUAAUGCACAGAGGUGUGCCUUCUCUGGUUAGUUUAAUCAGAAGCUAUGUUGUCUUUAAUUAAGCUCUCAUGACAAUAAGUUGUAAGGAUUAUAUACAGUUGGUUAUAGUGGAGAAUAUAAGAAUCCUUACUUUCAUUUAUUUAAUCACUAUUUUAUGGUAAUUUACGUCUUAAAAGCUGACGUGUUGAGUUCUUAGUGUUGUGAUUUCUUUUAUGUAGUUAUAGUUUCUAGAAUUUCCUUUUAAUCGAAUAGGGUGAUGAUUGAAGUUUGAAACUUUUUAGGUACUAGAUUAUUAUGCCUUUUGUUUAAUAAUUUGAUUAGUGGUGGUGUUAAAAUAUGAGAAGAAGGUUGUUAAAUAUUUUCUUUUGCGAUGUUGAUUAUUAUGCUUAAGGUAAAUAUUCAACUAAACUUACGUUAGAGUGCUUGAUUCUGCAAAAUACUAAGUAGUAACUUUUUUUGCGUACCACAUAGUCCAUGGUGUUGCAUGUUUUUCCUUAUGGAAGUCUGUGCUUCAAAUUAAUUGAGACCACAGGAGUGAGGUAUACUUUAUGGCUUAACUACAGGGUCUUUUGAAUCUCUCUUCAUCUGUUUUACUGACAACAUAUCUGUUUAUUCUGUUGAUGCCAAUAAUAGAAACAAGAUUCUUCAUCUGUUGUCCUAUGUAUGAUCAAUCCUCAAAUGCUUGCAACAUUUCCAAUUUCUAUUUGAUAGAUCUGAACUCUUUCCGGUAAUUCUGGCAAGAAUUGAGGAGUCUUAGGUUGUACUCUUUUGUUUAUCCUUGCUAAAACUUCAUGCUAUGUUACUUAUCUUUGGUAGGAAGUAUAAGACUUUGCCUACAUUUUGAGCUUCAUGGUAGUAUUUCACAAAUAAUAAUAACUUGGUCUAGUGAUUGAGAGAAUUAUAGCUCAUAAGUUUCCUGAACCAGAUAUUUCCUGAAGGUUAAAUGUCUCUUGUGAUAUCUCAUCUGGUAUUAUCUGCUAAAUCUUAAUGUUCACUUGUUGUGUAAGUUGGUAGAAUAUAUUCUUUUCUACUUGAUUAAUGUUUGAAUAUCUCAUCAUAUCAGUGCAGCAAUUGCACUCUUAAUAUCUUGCUCUUCUCUUAUUAUCGCAUCUAAAUCCAUCUUCGAUGAUUUUCAGUGAGUUACAUCUCUUAUGAUGGAUCUCCAUGUAAAAAAACCGAUUCUUAUAUUGCUUAUAUUUUCCUUUUUACUGUCACUUAAGAUUUUUCUAUUAUACUAAAAGCGCCUUUCCUUGUGUUGGAAUUUACUCCAUUAAAGUGAGAAAGGGCAAGAUGAACAGCAUGAUGAUAUAUUGUAAAGGUAGUUUCAGUUGCUUCCUUUCAUUUCUUCCCUUUUAUGGAUCAUCGCAAUUUAUUACUCUGUUUAUAGUCCAGCUGGUUCUUAUCAGUUUAAGCUGUGAGCUAUGAGUCUGGAACCAAAAUUCAAAGCACUUCUCAAUUGAACAAUGGUUAUUGUUGGCCAAUGAAGUGGACAGAGUCAGAGUAAAUCCUUGAAUCUUUAAGGCUGAUAGUACAAGAAUAAAGAAUGAUGGUGAUGGAACACUUCAGACAAGCCCGAACCCAAGCUCUUUCCAAUCUCGCAUUUCCCUGUCAAAGUCAAAGGUUUUGGCUUUAGAAUUUGGCAAAUGGAUGAAAUCCCAGGCUUAAAGUUGCUUUUCUUGAAGUUGUUGUUAUUAGCACCUGACCUAAAGAUUGGAACCAAAACUAGGAUCUAGUUUUCUCCUUUCAGUUGGAGAAUCAAAUGUUUUGUUAGUGAUGGCUUUUCAUAAAUUUAAGAUCAGCAGUCAUGGAACAAAAAUGGACUCAGUUCCAAAUUCAAUCAUAGAGCAUAAAUUCCAAGUUUUUAGAGGAUCAAACAUAUACAUGACAUUGCUGGGAUGAGCAGUACUUGCAUGAUUCGAUCAGUACACUUAAUCAUCAUCAUCAUCAGAUCAUAUUUAAAAUUUUUAUCGUAGUAUCAGAUCAUCGCAUGACCUAGAGGUUUAAGCCUAAAUAAUGCGUCAAAAAAGCACACUAAUAAAUAAAUAAAUAAUUAAAUUUCCUUUCAUCUAUUUACACUAUAGUCCCCUUUCUUCAAGGGCAAAGAAUGAAAAAAAAAA